AUGGGAGGCUUUGAGGGUCAUCUGUACCCGGGGCUGUCUCUCUUCUUCUAUGGACUUUAUCAUGCACGACUAGUCUCCAGGGCCUUGAUAUGCAACUACCCUGUCCAGUAUCUGCCACGCCAUCCCUGGAGCAAAGGAAGAUGGGCAAGGCUGCAGCAAAUAUACUAUGUGGGGCUGGUGAAGAUAUUAAGUGCCUUCAUUUUAGCAGCCCAAGAGCUGCAUAACAUACAUGGACAGUUUGUACUUAUCAGCAAGAUAUAUCAUCAGAGAAACUUUUUGUACCGCAAACAGUGGCAACAUCUCACUCUAUAUAUGGCCUUCUUCCUGAGCGGGUGUGUGGAUGUGGUGAGCCAGAACUUGCUGCCCCAGAGGUGUGCUGCUCUGGAGCAAGGCGCCCAAGCCCUGGGCAUGUUUCUGUUUCUACCUCUGAUGGUGUCGCACAUGCAGGACUCAGAAGGUGUGGAGCUGCAGUCUCACAUCCUGCUCACGCAGGCCAUAUUCCUGCUGGUGCUGGUGGUGAUCGCAGAGCUGUGGGCUCCUGACAUGCUGCAGCUUUGGGUGAUGAAGGCCUUUUUUUAUAUGAUGACAGGCUCUUGGCUGAUUCAAAUAGGCUUUAUGCUGUACAAACCAAUUUCUGGCUAUAAAUGGAUGGAUGAUGACAAAAACAACAUUGUAUUUGUCACCACCUUCUUCUGCUGGCAUGUGGCUUUCAUUGCCAUUUUGAUGAUCUGGGUCUAUGGCUUCUCCUUUUUGUGGUAUUGUCACGUUUGUUGA